AUGCAGAGCGCCCUCAGGUGGUUCCAGGGCCCUGACAAGGCCCAAGGGCCAGGCUCCACGGCUGCGGUCGCCCAGACCAGCGCUAGCCCGAAUGCCCUCGCCCGGCCAGCCCACCACCGCGCCACUGCAAACGCCAGAGCCAGCAGCGCUACGAGCACCACAGCGAGUGCGAGUGCCACUACCAGAUCCAGCACCAGUGCCGAACCGGCCUUGGCUGCCUGUGCCGCCUCGUCCGCCCUCGCCGAGUCCAUGUCGCCAGCUUCGCUCAACUCGUCGUCACAAUCAUCUUCGCCCCAACCCGCAACGCCCCCCGACUUCUUCCACGCUGCACCACCCGCAUCUUCCGGCUUCUCGUCUGCCCCCGCACUGCGCGCUGACCAAGACGCCUCAGCGCCGUCGCCAUCCUCGUCUUCGUCCUCGUCUUCACAUUCCUGGACCGCCGCCCUUCACCAGACCAAACAGAGCCCGCAGCCCGCCAAACUCCUCGCCUUGCCUCAACUCGACCGCACCAUCGAUAUCGACGUCGACUUGAGCGAUUGCGACGACGCUACAAUGACUACUGGCCCGGGCCUCGAUGCUGCCAUGGGCCGCCCGCGGCAGGACUCGUUUGUCAGCGCCGGCCCGAAGCCCAUCUCCAUGAACAUCCAGAACCGCGACAAUGUCAACCGGAACCGUCGCGAGAGUCUUGCCGGCAGCCUCAUGGGUGGCAUGAGCUGGGGCGGCAUGUCCUUUGGCAGUUUUGUCCGUGAUGACAUCAUGAUGCAAGGCACCUCACCGUUUACAGGCGGCGCCCACCAGUCUCCAUCGUUCCACUCCUCGUCCUACCUGCCAAAGCUCGAGGCCAGUUUUAUGCGUGACUUCACAUGCUGUGGCAAGAUUUUGCCUAACCUGCAUGAUCUGCUUCAGCAUUACGAAGAGGCCCAUACACAAGCUAGCCCAGGUGCCGUCAGAAACAGUGCCUUCAACCAAUUUGGUGCACUGGGCAUUCAAGGAUCGCCCAAGAUGCCCAAUUCGAGGACGACCCCUGCGCCUGGCCAAGGCUCACAGCAGUUGGGGCAACAGCGCCAGAUGGGCGGCCCCGGUCUUCAGAUUGGCGGCUCUCAGCGGCUCGGCAGCUCUAUGCUACAGAUGUCUACCUCCAUGAGCAACAACAUGAGUGACGAGAUGGAUGCUGUUGCUGAUAUGGAGAUGGACGACGCCCUAGGCACCAUGGACCUGGACGACAGCCAAAAGAUGCACCAGACCCGACAGCUAUUUGGCCAACAACAGCGGCCGCAGCUCAACAUGAACACUUCUGGAAUUACCCAGGGCCUCCGAACGUCGCAGCCGCCCACGCCUGCAGCCCAGAGUUUCGGAUUUCAGAACAACCCUACCGUUUCUUCCGUCAACACCCCUACCCUCAUGACACAACAGCAGAUGCCACAGCAGCAGUCUCAGCAGAACGAGGUGGACGAGGAUCUACCCGGCAUGCCCAUGGGCGGUGAUGCUACUGACCUCGGCGAUAUGACGUUUGGAAAUGGCAACAACAAUGACGGCAACGACUCCAACUUCUGCAUCAACGAUCCUGGCAAGCACCUGUUUAGCCCCAACGGCGCUUUCCCGCAAGGCAACCGAUCCAUACAAGCACAGCUCGCCCAAUUGGGCCUGACCCACGGCCAGUUUGCCGAUCCUGAGGCCAACAAGGUCCUGCUUGCCCGGUUGCAGAGCAUGAUGAUGCCAGAGGAGCACAAGCCCUUCAAGUGCCCCGUCAUCGGCUGCGAGAAGGCGUACAAGAACCAGAACGGGCUCAAGUACCACAAGGCUCACGGCCACCAAACGCAGCAGCUGCACGAGAACGGUGACGGUACUUUCUCCAUUGUGAACCCAGAGACAAGCGCUCCCUACCCAGGCACCUUGGGAAUGGAAAAGGAGAAGCCCUUCAACUGUGAGACGUGUGGCAAGCGAUACAAGAAUCUCAACGGUUUGAAAUAUCACAAAUCUCACUCUCUUCCCUGCAACCCUGAAUUUAAGCUUCAAGCCCUGGCCGCUGGUCUGAAUUUGCCAGGCAUCGGAGAGGACGUGAUGUUACAGUGA